ACAGAAAACUUAGUGUGUUGAUGAGAGCCGCUGGAGACUCAUCAGCUGGACUCAUCUGACUAAAAACGGCGGAAACAGCGCAUAAAUGUUUUAUGGGCUUUCACGAGGACAGUGUUAUUUAACAACUGGACAUAUCACCACUUGCAGCGAAAGACGAAUCCAUUAACGGAGAAACUAUCGGUACCCGCCUAUAGACGAGGUUUGACUGAGAUGGCUGUAUCACUGUCCUGCCACAGGACAGUCCUAUUGGCUGUGGCGUUCUGUUAUCUGCCUUGCAUCGCUUCCUCUCUCAACCUGGAGGAUCCCAAUGUUUGCAGCCACUGGGAGAGUUACUCAGUGACAGUGCAGGAGUCGUACGCCCAUCCUUUUGAUCAGAUUUAUUACACCAGCUGCACUGACAUCCUCAACUGGUUCAAGUGCACCAGACACAGGGUGAGUUAUCGGACAGCAUAUCGUAGAGGAGAAAAGACCAUGUACCGCAGAAAGACCCAGUGUUGUCCAGGCUUUGACGAGAAUGGAGAGAUCUGUGCUCCUCAUUGUGAAGAGAGCUGUAUUCAUGGCCGUUGUGUGGCACCCAACACCUGCCAGUGUGAGCCGGGCUGGGGAGGUUCCAACUGCUCCAGUGCUUGUGACAGUAACCACUGGGGUCCACACUGCUCUAACAGAUGUCAGUGCCAGAACAAAGCACUGUGCAACCCCAUCACUGGAGCCUGUAUCUGCACUCCUGGAUAUAGAGGCUGGCGCUGUGAGGCUCAGUGUGAAUUGUACACCUAUGGUAACGGAUGCCAACAGAAAUGCCAAUGCCAGAAUGGAGCUGUCUGUCACCAUGUAACCGGAAAAUGCAAGUGUUUGCCAGGAUACACAGGACCUUUCUGUGAAGACCUGUGUCCUCCAGGAAAACAUGGACAGGAGUGUGAAGAGAGAUGUCCCUGUCAGAAUGGAGGAAUGUGCCACCCUGUAACAGGGGAGUGCUCCUGUCCUGCAGGAUGGAUGGGUACUGUGUGUGGCCAGCCAUGUCCAAAAGGGAGAUUUGGACAAAACUGUUUCCAGGAAUGCCACUGUCACAAUAAUGGCAUGUGUGUGUCAUCCACUGGACAGUGUCUCUGCAGCCCUGGAUACACAGGAGAACGGUGUCAGGAUGAGUGUCCAGUUGGUACUUAUGGUGCCAGCUGCGCAAAGACAUGUCGCUGUAAAAACAACAGCAAGUGCGACCACAUCUAUGGAAUUUGUCUGUGUGAGCCAGGAUACACAGGGAAGACAUGUGAUGUCCGACUUUGUCAUGAAGGACACUACGGUCUACAGUGUGAUAGGAAGUGUCCCUGCUACAUCCAGAACACUCACAGUUGCCACCCAAUGUCAGGAGAAUGUACAUGUCAGCCAGGUUGGUCAGGUCUCUACUGUAAUGAGACGUGCACCCCAGGUUUUUAUGGCGAGUCCUGUCAGCAGGUGUGCCUGUGCCAGAAUGGAGCUGACUGCCACAGCGUGACUGGAGAGUGUUUCUGUGCUCCUGGCUUCAUGGGUCCCAACUGUUCAGUCCCAUGCCCAGCUGGAACACAUGGAGUUAACUGCUCAUCCAGCUGUAAUUGUAAGAACAAGGCUCAGUGUUCACCUGUGGAUGGGUCCUGCCUCUGUAAACCAGGAUGGCAUGGGGUUGACUGCUCAAUCAACUGUCCCAGUGGAACCUGGGGUCUGGGCUGUAAUCUCACCUGUAUGUGUGGGAAUGGAGGUGCUUGUAGUGCCUUGAACGGUCACUGUACCUGUUCUCCAGGCUGGAGAGGAGAGAGAUGUGAACUCCACUGCCAGGAUGGUACAUAUGGUCUGGAUUGUAGAGAACGCUGUGACUGUAGUCAUGCUGAUGGGUGUCACCACUCUUCUGGUCACUGUCGCUGUCUAGCUGGAUGGACUGGUAUUCACUGUGAUAGUGUGUGUGCAGAGGGCCACUGGGGCCCAAACUGCUCCCUCCCCUGUAACUGUAAGAAUGGGGCAUCCUGCUCUCCAGAUGAAGGAACCUGUGAGUGUGCUCCAGGAUACAGAGGCACCACCUGUCAGAGGAUCUGCUCGCCAGGUUACUUUGGUCACCGUUGCAGUCAGACUUGUCCACAGUGCAUCCACAGUAAUGGCCCAUGUCACCAUGUCACAGGACAGUGUGACUGUCUGCCCGGCUUCAAGGGGACACUGUGUAAUGAGGUGUGUCCUAGUGGUCGUUUUGGGAAGAACUGUGCCUGGAGUUGCAGCUGUACCAACAACGGCACCUGUAACCCCAUAGAUGGCUCCUGCCAGUGUUAUCCAGGAUGGAUCGGCAGCGACUGCUCUCAGUUGUGUCCACCUGGCCAGUGGGGACCCAACUGCAUCCACACAUGUAACUGUCACAAUGGAGCCUACUGCAGUGCUUAUGACGGAGAAUGCAAGUGCACCCCAGGAUGGACGGGCCUUUACUGCACACAACGCUGUCCAUUAGGUUUCUAUGGAAAAGAUUGUUCUCAGACCUGCCAGUGUAAGAAUGGAGCUGACUGUGACCACGUCUCUGGACAGUGUACAUGUCGCACUGGCUUCAUGGGGCACCACUGUGAACAAAAGUGUCCAUCUGGUUCUUAUGGUUACGGCUGCCGUCAGGUCUGUGACUGUCUAAACAACUCCACCUGUGAUCACAUGACUGGUACAUGUUACUGCACCCCAGGCUGGAAGGGAGCUCGAUGUGACCAAGCUGGUGUGAUGGUGGUGGGCAGCCUCAACAGUUUGACAAGUGCUGUCAUGCAUGUGGACACCUACCAAAUUGGAGCCAUCGUAGGAAUCAUCAUCCUCGUGCUGCUGGUGCUCUUUCUUUUGCUCAUCCUCCUUAUUUACAGGAAGAAGCAGAAAGGCAAAGAAACCACCAUGCCGGCUGUGACCUACACUCCUGCUCUGAGGGUCACUGCUGAUUACACCAUGGCAGAUGCUCACCAACCAACAUGUGAGCCCCAACCGAGCAACUACUUCUCCAACCCCAGUUACCAUACUCUAACCCAGUGUAUUAGCCCCCAACAUGUUAACAAUGGUCUGUAUGGAAAGGCCAGUAACAACCAGCUGUUUGUGAACAUUCAGAAUGUGGCUCCAAGAAAUCGGGAUCCUCAUACUGGCACACUUCCUGCCGAUUGGAAACAAGAGGACUGCUUCAGUGAACUGGGAGCCUUUGGAGUGGACAGGAGAUACAUGGGGAGAUCUUUGGGUGAUCUGGUGAAGAGCACAGCCCAUCAUGCCAGCUCCAGUUCCCUCAACAGCUCUGAAAAUCCAUAUGCUACAAUAAAGGACCCUCCCCUGCUGACAGCAAAAAACACAGAAUGUGGCUAUGUGGAAAUGAAAUCACCCACCAGACGGGAUUCACCAUAUGCUGAGAUUAGCAACAGCAGCCCGACUAAUAACCGGAAUGUCUAUGAAGUUGAACCAACAGUAAGUACCAUCCAUCACUCUGGAGAAGGCAUCAGCGAUGCCCAGUUUGGACAGGAUCCAUAUGAUCUACCAAAAAACAGCUGCAUCCCCUGUCACUACGACCUCCUGCCAGCCAGAGAGAGUCCUUCUUCAGAGUUCAAAGAGCUGGACAGUGAAUAAUGGGGGAGAGACUCAAAACUGAGACGAGGUCUUGCUUCCAGUCUGUGGCUCCAGCACUGGGUCUUCUACAAACAGGCACACUUUAUACCCAUGACAUACUUGUUUUUUUGUUAUCUUUGACACUAUCAUUAUAAUUAUGUAUCAUCAUUUAAAGUGAGUAUAUAUGUUUGGAUAGUUUUUAGGCUGGUAUAUUUUUUUCAACAGUUGCUUUAACCCUUCAUAGGUCAUUCCAUAUGUCUGACAGUUAAGUUCUCAGUGUGCUUUGAAUGAAGCAAUUCUAAUGAUGUUUUGUACAUCCGCUGCUACAGGCAGUGUUCCUGCCAUUUCCAAAUGACUACUCGCAAAAGGGGCCUGAAAUGCUUGCUGUCACCUUUUGACUGCCUGCCUGAUCUCUCCCGAAGUACUCACUGUGCUUUUGAAUCUUUUGAUCUCAACAAGUCAAAGUGUUCAAAUAGCACUAACGCAUAUCUUCAAAAGGCGGCUGUACUAACUGUGCACAUGAAAAGUGACCCAACAUUGGUACAAUUGCCAUGGAUGUUGUCUGAUUCAAAAAGUUUAAAAUCUGAUAUGCAUAGCCAAUUCCAUUGUUUGAGAGAUGGUUUAGGAUUCUGUUAAAUGAUCUUAGCACUUGACAUCUCUAUUUUUGUAACAGCAGUUUUAGAAAAUGAUUAAUCAGAUGAGUAUUAGCAAUUUUUUCAAAGAUCAAAUGGUUUUUUUUUCAUGUCAAGCGGCUGACAAUCCUUUUGGUGUACACUUAGUAAUGACAUGAAAUGCACGGUGGAGUAGUGGUUAGCACUUUUGCCUUGCAGCAAGAAGAUCCCUGGUUCGAGUCCCGGCCUGAGCCCGGGAUCUUUCUGCAUGGAGUUUGCAUGUUCUCCCUGUGCAUGCGUGGGUUUUCUCCGGGCACUCCGGCUUCCUCCCACAGUCCAAAAAUAUGCUGAGGUUAAUUGAUGACUCUAAAUUGCCCGUAGGUGUGAAUGUGAGUGUGAUUGUCUGUAUAUGUAGCCCUGCGACAGACUGGCGACCUGUCCAGGGUGUCCCCUGCCUUCGACCAAGUCAGCUGGGAUAGGCUCCCCUCUGCAACCAGUGAGGAUAAAACGGUGUAUAGAGGAUGGAUGUAGUCAGUAAGUUUUGGAUAGUAUUUAAAUUAACCAAAGGUAUAAAUCCCAUUUAUUGGUUUUAUCAGUAUUGUCUGAGGUUCCAAGCUGAGCCCCUUCUCACUGUUAUAUUUCCAUUGAUUGUCAGCAAUUUCCCACUAAAUGUAGAAUAAACUUUGUAUUUCAUAAAUAUCCAUCAUACAUACUGUUCAGUGAUCACCAUCACUUCUCUGUGAUGACUUUUGUCCUCCAGAGUAGCUCCUCUUAGCAGGAUGUUUAUCCAUACACUGUACUUCACAAAGGGAACUUGAGCUCAACUUGCUGCACAAAUGUAAUUUUGCAAUAUGUCUUGAUGACUGCUUCAUCUGUCUUGCUAAAGAAAAAAAAAUCUCUCUAUUUUAACUGUUUAACUGUCCCUUCAUAACCUUUAGGAAAUAUGCAAGAGUUUAUCUGGGCCUAUUUUGUAUACCAGCUGCUGCCCCAACAUACUGUAAUGCAUUCAGCUGUGUGUCUAGUUCUUAAUUUUGGCUGUGCAGCUCCAUCAGUCGUAAAAUGGCAGCAAAGUGGGGCACAGGUGCUUCACCUCUUCUUAUAUAUGAUAUCAUGUUGUUUUGUUUGACUAAACAACUGAAAAAAUAACUUUCUCUCUGAUCUAUUGGGUCCUGUACCAUACCAACCCAGUCUCAUGGCCAAAUGUGAAAUACCUACGUUUGUCCACAGAACAAAACGUAAUAGUCUCACAAUAAAGGUCUGAAAAUUGUGAAAUGUUUACGUUUUUUUCCCCCUAUUAUUUUCUAUUGGCCUGAUGACAGGCCAAUAGAACCACGUCUCUUUAACCACAUCCAUAAACCUCCUCUUUGGUCUUCCUCUAGGCCUCCUGCCUGGCAGUGGGAAACUCAGCAUCCUUCUACCAAUAUAUUCCCUCUCUCUCCUCUGGACAUGUCCGAACCAUCUCAGUCUGGCCUCCCUGACUUUAUCUCCAAAGCCUCUAACAUGUGCUGUCCCUCUGAUGUACUCAUUCCUGAUCCUAACCAUCCUGGUCACUCCCAAAGAGAACCUCAGCAUCUUCAGUUCUGCUACAUCCAGCUCUGCCUCUUGUCUUUUUCCUCAGGGACACUGUCUCCAGACCAAACAACAUGGCUGGUCUCACCACAGUUUUGUAAACCUUUCCUUUCAUUUUAGCUGAAACUCUUCUAUCACACAUCACACCUGGGCAAUGUGUCUUUAUUAGUUAAAAGACAAGACAUUGUAAUUGUAAGAUGUCAUUCAUUCAUUUACACCUGCAUUUUGUGCUUCAUGGCGCUAGGUGUGCUGUUUGCAUGUUGGACAUUGUUUUACACAGACACCACCGAAGAAGAAAGGUGCCGGAAGUGCAGGCUUCACUGCACAUUAUGUUGUUGUUCAGAAGAAUGUGUUAGCCGGUAAAGACCGCGCCAGAAGAAACUGUGAUAAGUGGAAUAAUUUAAUGCACCAUUCUUUAGUAAAUAAGAAAGACUGAA